CUUCAAGGAGAAGCUUUCAUCGUCACCCAAAUUUUGUGACUGCUUUUUUUGCCUCUGUCUUUUCACCAAAACCAAUUUCAUCACCUACCAUCCACGAGCCAUCAUCAUGCAGUCUGUUCAGUGCUUCGGUAAGAAAUGCAACGCUACGGCUGUGGCCCACUGCAAGGCCGGUAAGGGCCUCAUCAAGGUCAACGGAGCCCCCCUUUCCCUUGUCCAACCUGAGAUUCUUCGUAUGAAGGUCUACGAGCCCAUCUUGGUUGCUGGUGCCGACAAGUUCGCCAACGUUGACGUUCGCGUCCGCGUCUCUGGUGGUGGUCACGUCUCCCAAAUCUACGCCAUUCGUCAGGCUAUUGCCAAGGCCAUCGUCGCCUACUACCAAAAGUUCGUCGACGAGCACUCCAAGGCUGAGAUCAAGAAGGCUCUUGUUGCCUAUGACCGUACUUUGUUGGUCGCUGAUCCCCGUCGUAUGGAGCCCAAGAAGUUCGGUGGUAAGGGUGCCCGUGCUCGCCAACAAAAGUCUUACCGUUGAUUCUCGGUUUGUUGGUUGGAUUUGUACUUUCUUGUUUUGGCGCUAGUUCUCUUUCGUCUGAAAUGUACAGUUUGAUAGCCAAUAAAGUUAUGUGCGCAGGUUCGGGUUGUAACUGGUCCGUGGCAUGUGCAAUGUUAGCGAUGUA